CCAUCCGAUCUCCACGUUUUCACACGUGUCGACACUGCUGCCUGCCACGAAGUAAACUUAGUAGAGGAACCGGGAGGCGGGGGGAAAGAAGGAACAGAACAGAACAAAACAAAAUAGACGCGCAGCGGCAGCACUUGGCUCCGUUUUACUUCCUCCGUUCCGUUCCUUCCGUUGAUCCAAAAACACGCGCUAACGUUUUAUAGAGAAAAAUCUAUAAAAGGAGUACUAACCGGUUUCCAUGGAUCUUCUCCGCACUUCCCCACUAUUCACUCUCACGCUUCUCAUACUCAUCUCUGCCUCUUCUUCUGCGAUUGCCAGUCUCUGCCAAGUCUCCGACCACCACCACCACCACGAUCAAAUGGCCGCCGCUACCCCUAUCCUCGGAGGCGUUCGCGAUUCCCCCGCAGGCUCCGCCAACAGCGCCGAAAUCGAGGGGAUUGCCCGGUUCGCCGUCGACGAGCACAACAAGAAGCAGAAUGCGGUUGUGGAGUUCCUGAGGGUUGUGGAAGCGAAGGAGCAAGUGGUUGCUGGGACGCUUCAUCACUUGGUUAUCGAGGCGAUUGAUGCCGGGAAGAAGAAGCUCUACGAAGCCAAAGUGUGGGUGAAGCCAUGGAUGAACUUCCAGGAACUGCAGGAGUUCAAGCACGCUGGCGAUUCCCCUCAACUCACCCCUUCUGACCUCGGUGUCAAGAAAGAAUGCCAUGGAUCUGGGCUGAAGGAUGUGGCUUCUCAUGACCCCGCGGUUCAAGAUGCAGCUGAUCAUGCCCUGAAGGCGAUUCAACAGCGCUCCAACUCAUUGUUUCCUUACGAGCUUCAAGAAGUUGUCGACGCCAAGGCUGAGGUGUUAGAUGAUUCUGCAAAAUUCCAUAUGGUGCUCAAGGUGAAGAGAGGAACCACUGAAGAGAAGAUGAAGGUUGAGGUGCAUAAGACCACUGAAGGCACUUUCCGUCUCAAUCAUAUGGAGCUAACUCACUGAUCUAUGUAAAUAUAUGGGCAGACUAUAUAUGUGUAAUGUGUUUAUGUUCAAGAGUGUGAUCUUGUAGAAACCUUCAAACAGCUUUAUGGCUUCGGAACGUGUAAUGGGAUAUAUGCUAUAUAGCGUUUCUAUUAUGGCAUUGUGUAAAAGUGUCGGAGCGAAAUAGAAUCUAAGAACUGGA